AUCGGAGUCGCUUCGUAGUCGUGCGUGAUACCCGUAGCAUAUACGCCGGUCGUUAUUUACAGAGCUACGGGGUUCUUUGAACCUCGUUAAACUGAAUUUGGAUGGGUCGGACCUGAUCAGCGAGAUGAUUGUUUUAUACGAAAUUUCAAGGCAGGCGCGAUCGCGAUUUCAAGUAGUAAUAGAUUUAUCACGUUGAAUUAUCGCUAGCUUAUACGUCAGUUUUAUAUAAAUAUCUGUGUGUAACAUUUGAGAAGUUUAUAUUGCUGUGAUUUGAUAAAAUUGCAAAAAAAUCUCACAAGUUGCGCUUCCGCGACGUUCGUAAUCGUUGGCGUGAUAUUUGAAGAAUUUCUCAAUAACUGAUAUUUAUAAAAUUGUAAAAACAUUAUAACGAGUUACUCGUGCGUGUAUAUAACGAAUCGGAAAAAAUUGUAAAUAAGAGGCUUUUAAUCAAAUUUUCCUUGUGUCUUAAUUACGAUUUCUCUUUAAUUAAUGGUUCCCGCGCGCAACAAUAUGUUUCUCGUUUGCGUGACCGUGGGACUUGUCUUUUUGGCAUCGAAGUAUCGCAACAACGUGCUUCGUAGCGUCAAACAUUUAUAUAAAAACAUAAAAAAUCGAGAUAAAAAUCCAAACGAUAAAAACGAUAAUAGCUGUAAGAAUCAAUCCGAGGAAGAUUCAGUUGAAGAUCAAGAUAAUAAAGAUGAUAAAGAUUUAAAUAACAAUGAGGGUAACGAUGACAACAAGGAAAUUAAGCUUAUAUUAGACAAGAUUAUUCUGGCAGACUCUCCGGAGAAAUGCGAUUACGCUGUACAACGUAUUCGCUGUAAUCUGUCUGAUGGCGUACUUGGUUUUGAUUGCGAAUGGGUCAAAGAAGGGCCAGUUUCUCUGUUACAAUUAGCUACGUAUAAUGGAGUAGUUGCCCUAUUCCGUCUAGGGAAAAUUGGAUAUGUUCCACCUAAACUUAAGGAACUAUUAGCUACUAAACAUAUCCUUAAAGUUGGAGUUGCUUCCUUCGAAGAUGGACAGAAGAUAGUGAAGGAUUAUGGAUGUAGAGUUAGUGGAACUCUUGAUUUAAGAUCUUUAGCUGAAAACCUCCACUUACCAAGCCGGAAAAGCUUAGCUGCCAUGAGUUUAGAAUAUCUUAACAUUGAGAUGGACAAAAUAAUAGAAGUGAGGUGCGGUGACUGGGACGCUAGCACCCUAUCAGACGAACAAGUGGCAUAUGCUGCUUGUGACGCGCUUGCAUCCGUUAUCAUUUAUCAUAAAAUAAUGCAAAAGGAAAAUGCAAAGUAUUCAUUCUGGCAAAGAGUAGGGAUUUAUUUGUAUAAUAUAUUAAGCAAUGAUGUAAACGUACGAAUUCAUGGCGUGCCUGCUAAUACAGUUGAUACGAGGUUCAAAGAUCAGCGAUCACCAAGUGUAGAUAGUCUUACUAAUAAUAACAUUUUAAAUAUUAAGAAGAAAACACCAGUAUUAGAUAAAGACAAUAGCAACGAACGUAAAAGUACGAUUCCUACAAGGAUUAAACCAUUAUAUCAUAAUUGUUACUUACAAGCGCCUGAUGGAGAUAUAUUGUGUACAUGCGACCGCAAAAAAGCGGAAUGGUAUAUUACGAAAAAAUUGGGAGAACUUGUGGAGACAGAGCCAUAUACAGUAAGAUUAAAUUUCGAGCCAUCUGGUCGAGCAUUGGGAGAAGUUGGGCAAUAUUAUACGCAAGUAAAAGUUAAUCAAUGUGUAGUCUGUGGAUGUGCAGAGAAAUUUAUUAGGAAGAACGUCGUGCCGCGAGAGUAUCGAAAAUAUUUCCCAUUGGUAAUGAAAGCACAUCAAUCUCACGAUGUAUUAUUAUUGUGCCCACCUUGUCACGAAAGUAGCAAUAAUCAUGAUCUGCAGCUCAGAAGAAAGUUAGCAGACAUGUGUGAUGCACCACUAAUUGGGCCGAUGACGCAUGUACGAGAUAAAUACAUGCAAAACUAUAGAAAAUUACUCUCCGCUGUUAAAGCCUUGAGGGAAAGAAUGUUGUUACCUCCGCGACGACGCGAAGAGCUCGAAAGAUGCGUACUAGAACACACAGGACAGCAAAAAAUUACUCCUGAUUUGCUUAAUGCUUUGCACGAACAAUUGAAGAAUGCAUUAAUUCAACAACCAAUUGCUAAUCAAUUUAAGUUUCAACCACAUGGCUUGAAGGUCGUACAAUAUUUUCAAAAAAAAGAAGGUGGACUCAUUGAAUUGGAACGUAUGUGGAGAGAACACUUUCUUACCACAAUGGAACCAAAAUACUUGCCAAGCUUAUGGUCUGUACGCCACAAUCAAGAGCGAUUGAUCAUACGCCAGGCACAGAAUAGAAUCGAACCACAAGAUGCGAAGGUAGCUGGAUUAACAAAAUAGCGCUAUAAUUUGAAAACUGUAGCUAAAAGAAGUUUCGUAAAAGAGCGAGAACUUGAAAAAGUUUUAUACAAAUCAAUAUAUCUCCUGAAUAUACGUACAUAUAUACAUGGAUAAUAUAUCUCUCUUAUUU